AUGAGCUUCUCCGAGCACUUCUCCAUUGCCAACACUCCCUACGGGAUUGCGAGCACUUCGAAGCAUCCACAAAGCGUGGUCACGAGAGUCGAGGACUCUGUCGUCUUCCUCGCUGACUUGGACCUCGAGGCUUCCGAGCAGAUCAAGUGGGCCCUGUACCUCUUCGUCAUUAGCGAGAAGAUAUUGACCGCCAUGCAGCCAACGCUCAAUGAUCUGGCAGCCGUAAACAAGACCGAGCUCCAGCUCUUUCGAAAGAAUAUCCAGAAGCUUCUGUCCGACAAGCCCACACUAUUGAAAUAUGGAGUCCCGGUCGACGAGGUUCAGUUGCACUUGCCGGUCAAGGUUGACGGAUUUACCGACUACUCAUGCUCUAAGGAACAUAUGUUGAAUGCAUCAGAGGCCGUCAUGGGCCAAGCGUCCAUGCCACCAUCGGCGUCAUAUCAACCCGUCGGCUACAGCGGUCGGCCUUCUUCCAUUGUUGUUACGGGAACGAAAAUCACUCGACCGUAUGGCCAAUAUCGAGACGGUGAGCAAAUUGGUUUCGGUCCAUCGCAAGCGCUCGACUACGAGCUGGAAGUGGCUUGCAUCAUUGGCAAGCCAACAAAGCUGGGAGACCGGGUAUCAGUGUCAGACGCCGAUGAGCAUAUAUUUGGCCUCGUCCUGUUGAAUGACUGGAGCGCUCGCGACAUCCAGGGUUUCGAGAUGAGCCCUCUGGGCCCGAUGAAUGGCAAGUCUUUCGGAACGUCGAUUAGCCCCUGGGUGAUCACACUCGAAGCGCUCGAACCGUUUGCGACUCAGCCACCGGCGAAGGACAUACCCGCCCAACCAUACCUGUUAGACAAGAAAGAGAAGCCGAGUUAUAACAUUGAACUGAAGGCCGAGGUAUUGACGGGCGGCGAGGCCACGACGGUUUGCAAGGCUCAGCUCAGCUGGAUGUACUGGACGUUCCGAGACCUGGUGGCUCAGCAGACAAUCAACGGGUGCAAUCUCAACACCGGCGACAUAUUGGCGACAGGAACGGUGUCGGGAUCUGGCGACGACGAGCACGGAUGUUUGCUCGAGAUGACCAAGGGCGGCAAGGUUGGGUGGAAAACGACCAGUGGUCAAAACAGGACGUAUUUGAAGGACGGCGACGGUGUGCGCAUUAGCGGGUACGCAGGCAACGGUGUGGGACUUGGUGAAUGCGUGGGAUUCAUCGAUGCCGCUCGGCCGUUCUGA